UCCAAUGUAGUCAAAUUUAUCAAUCUUUUCAUUUAUGGUUAGUAGGUUUUGUUUCUUAUUUAAGAAAUCUUCCUGGGCAGCCAUCUUGUUCUUGCUGCACACUGGAGUUGGAAGACCUUCUCUGCUUCAGAUUAACCAACAGCACAAAUCAAGAAAAGUUAGCCAAACUUCCGGAUCAGGUCCAGAAUGGGGGCAAGGGUACAGCUCACAGAAAGAAGAUGGUACAAAGAACAGCUACAGCUGAUGACAAAAAGCUGGAGAAGAGCUACAAGCUGCCCGACAGCCAGGUCAUCACCAUCAGCAACGAACGGUUCCGGUGUCCGGAGGUGCUGUUCCAGCCUUCCUUCCUGGGCAUGGAAUCCUGUGGCACCCACAAGACCACCUUCAACUGCAUCAUGAAGUGUGAUGUGGACAUCUCCAAAGACCUGUACGCCAACACAGUGCUGUCCAGCGGCACCACCAUGUACCCAGACAUCACCAGCAGGAUGCAGAAGGCAAUCACUGCCCUGGCACCUAGCACCAUGAAGAUCAAGAUCAUUGCACCCCGAGAGCGAAAGUACUCGGUGUGGAUCGGCGGCUCCAUCCUGGCCUCAAUGUCCACCUUCCAGCAGAUGUGCACUAGCAAGCAGGAGUAUGACAAGUUGGACUCCUCCACUGUUCACCACAAAUGCUUCUAAAUAGACUGUGAGCAGAUGCAUAGCUUUUGCUGCAUGGGUUAAUUCAGAAGUAAAAAUUUGUCCCUGGCAAAUGCAUACAUCUCAUGCUAGCCUCACAAAUCUGGAAUAAGCCUUCGAAAAGAAAUUGUCCUUGAAGCUAGUAUCUGAUAUCAGCACUGGAUCAUAGAACUCGUUGCUGAUUUUGACCUUGUAUUCAAGUUAACUGUUCCCCUUGGUAUUUGUUUAAUACCCUGUACAUAUCUUUGAUUUCAACCCUUAGUACAUGUGGCUUGGUCACUUCGUGGCUGAGGUAAGAACAUGCUUGCGGAAGACAAGUCUGUGGCUUGGUGAGUCUGCGUGGCCAGCAGUCUCCGAUCUGUGCAGGGUAUUAAUGUGUCAGGGCUGAGUGUUCUGGGAUUUCUCUAGAGGCUGGCAAGGGCUCCUGAACCAGUUGUUUCUGUCCUUUCAAUC